UCGGCCUUCCCGGCGUGGACAGGCCCGCGGGCUGCUGCGUCCUCGAGGCGCGUCCCCCGGCGUCCUGGCCUCGGUCGUUUCUGCGGGAAGGGCACUGACCGCGCGCCGGCGGGACUGGCCGAGCCCGGCAGCUUGCCUAGAGCUCGGUUCCCCCGCCGUCACCGGGGUGCGACCUGCGGCCCCGUCUCCGCCGUGAGCCGUGCCCAGUGGCGUGUCUGCGGUGGCUGUCCCCGAGGGCCGUCAGGGCGGAGUGCCGGAGGCGGCAGGGAGCUGCUGGGCCUCGCCGAGGCUUCUGGAACCGUCGACAGACAGAAUCCAGCAGUUGAAGCAAUUGAAGAUGAAGGUGGUAAUCCUGAUGAAAUUGAAAUUACCUCUGAAGGAAGCAAGAAAACACCAAAAAGAUCCAGCAAAGGGCGUAAACCAGAAGAAGAGGGUGUGGAAGAUAACGGGCUCGAGGAGAAUUCUGGGGACGGACAGGAAGAUGUGGAAACCAGUUUGGAGAACUUGCAGGACAUAGACAUGAUGGAUAUCAGUGUGUUAGAUGAAGCAGAAAUUGAUAAUGGAAGUGUUGCAGAUUGUGUGGAGGAGGAAGAUGCUGACAACCUCCCAGAGUCCCUUUCUGACAGCAGAGAGUUGGUCGAGGGAGAAAUGAAAGAGCUUCCGGAGCAGCUUCAAGAACAUGCUGUAGAUGACAAAGAAACCAUAAACAAUUUAGAUUCAUCAUCAUCUGACUUCACUAUAUUACAGGAAAUUGAAGAGCCAUCUCUGGAGCCAGAAAAUGAGAAAAUACUCGACAUUUUGGGGGAAACUUGUAAAUCUGAGCCAGUAAAAGAAGAAGGUUCCGAGCUGGAGCAGCCAUUUGCACAGGAUACAAGUAGCGUGGGGCCAGACAGAAAGCUUGCGGAGGAAGAGGACCUUUUUGGCAGCGCCCACCCGGAAGAGGAGGAGGAGGAAGAGCAGGAGGAGGAGGAGGAGGAGGAGGAGGAGGGAGAUUUAGAUUUGGCCAGCGAGUCAACACGCGCUCAGUGGAGCGAGGCAGACACCCUGUUAGCGGUAGUGAAAAGGGAGCCCGUGGAGCAGACAGGCGAAGGCGCGAGGACGGACUGUGAGCCUGUAGGGCUAGAGAAGCCAGUUGAGCAGAGUAGCGCGGGCUCCGAGCUCGCGGAGGCCUCUAGCCAGGAGGCCGCGGAAGCGCCCACGGAAGCUCCGAGCCCAGAGCCCAGAGAUAGCAAAGAAGACGUGAAGAAGUUUGAUUUUGAAGCUUGUAAUGAAGUCCCUCCGGCUCCUAAAGAGUCCUCAACCAGUGAGGGCGCUGAUCAGAAAAUGAGUUCUGUUGAAGAUGACUCGGACACAAAAAGACUUUCCCGGGAGGAGAAGGGUCGUAGCAGUUGUGGUAGAAAUUUCUGGGUUAGUGGACUUUCUUCUACGACCAGAGCUACAGAUUUGAAGAACCUUUUCAGCAAAUAUGGGAAGGUGGUAGGCGCCAAGGUCGUGACGAACGCCCGGAGUCCUGGUGCUCGCUGUUACGGUUUUGUCACGAUGUCCACAGCAGAAGAGGCAACAAAAUGCAUCAGCCACCUGCAUAAGACUGAGCUCCACGGGAAGAUGAUCUCCGUGGAGAAAGCAAAAAAUGAACCUGCUGGCAAGAAAGCCUCGGAGAAGAGAGACGGCGAAGGGCGGAAGGAGAAGGCGGGCACCAGUGACAGAUCUGCAAACAUUAAGAGAGAGGAUAAGGCCGACAGAAAAGAUGACACCAAAAAGGGUGAUGACGGAAGUGGAGAAAAGACUAAAGAGCCCGAUGAUCAGAAGCCUGGCCCCUCGGAGCGCUCUCGAGCCACCAAAUCAGGAAGUCGGGGCACCGAGCGAACUGUGGUGAUGGACAAAUCCAAAGGUGUGCCUGUGAUUAGUGUGAAGACAUCUGGGUCCAAGGAGAGAGUCUCCAAAAGCCAGGAUCGCAAGUCGGCCAGCAGAGAGAAACGGUCCGUUGUGUCCUUUGAUAAGGUCAAAGAGCCUCGCAAGUCAAGAGAUUCAGAGUCCCGGAGGGAGCGGGAGCGCAGUGAGCGGGAGCAGCGCCUGCAGGCUCAGUGGGAGCGUGAGGAGCGGGAGCGGCUGGAGAUCGCCCGCGAGCGGCUGGCCUUCCAUCGGCACCGCCUGGAACGGGAGCGCAUGGAGCGGGAGCGGCUGGAGCGAGAGCGCAUGCACGUGGAGCAGGAGCGCCGGCGUGAGCAGGAGCGGAUCCACCGAGAGCGCGAGGAGCUGCGGCGCCAGCAGGAGUUGCGCUAUGAGCAAGAGAGGCGGCCGGCAGUGCGGAGGCCCUACGACCUUGAUGGCCGGCGGGACGAUGCCUAUUGGUCAGAAGCCAAGCGGGCCGCUCUGGAUGAGCGCUACCACUCUGAUUUCAACCGCCAGGACCGAUUCCACGACUUCGACCACAGGGACCGGGGCCGCUACCCCAACCACUCCGUGGACAGGAGAGAAGGUUCCAGGUCAAUGAUGGGAGAAAGAGAAGGACAGCAUUACCCUGAGCGCCACGGAGGUCCGGAGCGCCAUGGCCGUGACUCCCGCGAUGGGUGGGGCUAUGGCUCUGACAAGAGAAUGAGCGAAGGCCGAGGGCUGCCCCCUCCCCCCAGACGUGACUGGGGGGAUCAUGGCCGAAGACUAGAGGAUGACCGGGCCUGGCAGGGAGCUGCUGACGGGGGCAUGAUAGACAGGGACCACAAGCGGUGGCAAGGUGGUGAGAGGAGCAUGUCUGGUCACUCGGGGCCUGGCCACAUGAUGAACCGGGGCGGCAUGUCAGGGCGCGGCAGCUUCGCCCCAGGCGGGGCCUCCCGGGGCCACGUGAUCCCGCGUGGAGGGAUGCAGGGCGGGUUCGGAGGACAGAGCCGGGGCAGCAGGCCCAGCGAUGCCCGCUUCACUCGCCGCUACUAAGUAAUUUGAAUCCUGUGUUCCUGUCACGUGGCCAGAGUAUGUUCUGUUAGGAGUUCUCUUAAACCGUGUACAAACCUUUUUUUUUAUCUGCUGCCAUAUUGUAGCUCGAUACAAUGUGAAUUGUUUUUUGUUUUUCGUUUUGUUUUUUGUAAUAAAGGUGUUUCUGUUCACAUGCCCUUUA